CUUUCAUCGACGUCCCUGGUUUAUCUCCGAUAUUUGGAAUUUAUUGUCUUUCUCCAAGAAUAGAAACAACAUUAGAGAGACGAUCCUAAGUUUGGUAUUCUCGGCUGUUGUUCUGUUUUGGAUAAGAAGUAUAGAUUUGGCUCAAGAAGGGCUCAGGUUCUUUUCAAGUUUCUCAGGUGAAAGAGAAAGAGGUUAGCGUUGUCCGACUGUCCGUUGUUUUUUGUCUCUGCAAAUCAACAAUGGUUGCUUUGGUUUCUCGUACCGGAAGAGAAUUUCAGCGGUACGAUGAUGAAGGCCGUCGCCAAGUCGUCGGAUGUAUUCCUUACAGAUAUAAAACUGGGAAAAGUCCUUCACAUGAGGCCAUGGAUGACAGCCAAGAUUUGGAGGUUCUUUUGAUCAGUUCACAGAAAAGCCAUGCAAUGUUGUUUCCCAAGGGAGGUUGGGAAAUGGACGAAUCAAUGAAAGAAGCAGCUAAGCGAGAGACAAUGGAAGAAGCUGGUGUUGAAGGAAAUGUUGAGAGCCAAUUGGGUAAAUGGUUUUUUAAGAGCAAAAGCCAUGAUGCAAUUUAUGAAGGAUAUAUGUUUCCUUUGCUCGUCGAGAAGCAAUUAGACAUCUGGCCUGAGAAGCACGUCCGGCAACGAAAAUGGAUGACUGUGGAUGAAGCUAGAGAAGUAUGUCAGCCUCUUUGGAUGAAGGAAGCACUGGAUCGAUUGGUGCGCCGUCUGAGGCAGGAGGAAGAGGAAGAACUGGUUUGUCCUCUCAGCUAGGAAUUGCAUUUGACUUGUACAUAACACCAUCUAACGAAGACUAUGAAUUCAGUAGGAGAAUUCAACUCAUCAAUUUUUCUCCCUUCUAAAACUGAACUGUUGGUCAAUGUAGAAAGCACGUCAUGAGAGUUUCUUACGUAGCCACAGAUGCCGACUUCUGAUUUGCAAUAAAAUGGAAAAGAGUGGGUGAGAGGAGGGGAAUAUUCAAAAUUUUCAUGCUUUCUCUCUCUCUCUCUGAGUAUUAGAAAUUUCAUCAACUUGGUUUGGUAUAAGACAAAGAGCUACAGUCGUACACAGUCAUUCCGUGUCGACUUCUGUGCUUUAGAAAUUUAAAUCUAAUGUGCAAGCGUGUUUCUGAAUGCUUUUUAUGA